AUGAGCGCAGCACUCCGCGUGCCGCUGCGGGCCUUGGUCAAGCCCGCCACGGUUAUCGGACAAACAUCCAUAGCCUCGACCUCCGGCGCCGCAUUCCAACACGCUAGAAAAUCACAACUGCGCACGUCACUUACUUCGUGCAGAUACAAUAAUCAGUCAUGGAGUCGCCAGCAGGCUGAAACCAGCUUGAUUAUUGCCUCUCGAAACCGGUACUACUCCACGAGUACCUCGCCACUUCUUUCCACUGAACCUCAAAGCCAGUCAAUUCACGAGACGGGAAGAAAGAUUAGCUCAAAGCCGUUGUCGCGGAGAGCAAUUAAAUAUCUCAUCGUCUUGGGCGCACUUGCUGUGGGUGCAUUGGCAUUCUCUGACAAUGUGAAGCACGUCUAUGGAGCGGCGAAGAGAAGCGGUCGCGUUGUCGGUACUCUCGCCGUCUGUAUAAAUGAUUAUCGUGUCACCCUCAAGCAAGAAGCCUCCACUCCCGAAGAUCGUGAUGCCCUCAUCCGUGCAUGCCACAAACGCUGUGCAGAGCGCACGCUGCGUGUAUUAGAGAAGAAUGGAUCAAUUUUCAUCAAGCUUGGACAACACCUCAGCAGCAUGGGUUAUCUACUCCCUGUUGAAUGGACCACAACUUUCGUUCCGCUCCAAGACAAAUGCCCUGUUUCGUCAAUCGAGUCGAUUGCCGAGAUGUUCGUCAGCGAUACUGGCCAGACCAUCGAUGAACUUUUCAGCUCUUUCGAGCCACUUCCUACCGGUGCCGCUUCGUUGGCGCAGGUGCACAUUGCCACAUUGAAGGAAACCGGCCAAAAGGUCGCCGUUAAGGUCCAGCACCCUGCUUUAGCCGAGUGGGUUCCGUUGGAUCUUGCUUUGACUCGCUUUACUUUCUCCAUGCUCAAGCGCUUUUUCCCGGAAUACGAUCUGGAAUGGUUAUCUAGGGAAAUGGACCUGUCUCUUCCCAUAGAGUUGGACUUCCGUAUGGAGGCUCAGAAUGCCACCCUUGCAAGCGAGUACUUCAAGAAGCACUCCGAUGCUCCAUUGGUGAUUCCUGAAGUCAUGUGGUCCCAAAAGCGCAUUCUCGUCAUGGAGUUCAUCGCGGGUCGACGCCCUGACGACCUUGAAUUUCUGGACGCAAACAACAUCGACCGCGACGAAGUCUCUGCUGCCUUUGCGCAUAUUUUUAAUGAGAUGAUCUUCGGCGAUGACGCUCCGCUUCACUGUGAUCCGCAUGGUGGCAACAUUGCCAUUCGUCCCAACCCCAGCCGUCAACACCCGAACUUCGAUAUUAUCUUAUACGACCACGGCCUUUACCGCAACAUUGACCGCGACCUGCGCCGCAACUACGCCAAACUUUGGCUCGCCGUCAUUGAUGCCGAUGUCCCCCGCAUGCGCGAGUACGCGUAUAGGGUGGCUGGCGUGACUGACGAGCAGUUCCCCCUUUUCGCCAGUGCCAUCACCGGCCGUGACUACAGCGUAUUGACCAAGAAGAAUGUUGUCUCUGCGCGCACUGCGGAGGAAAAACAGGAGAUUUCUGGUGCUUUGGGCGAGGGCAUGUUGCAGCAGUUGGUCGAGUUGCUUGGCCAGGUUCCCCGAAUUAUUUUGCUGAUCCUCAAAACGAACGAUCUCACUCGCAGUCUAGAUGAAAACCUCCACACUCGCCAAGGCCCGAUGCGCACAUUCCUGAUCCUUGCACGAUACGCCACCCGUACCGUCUUUCAGGAACAUAUGGAAUGCAUUAGAGAGUCCGGUGGUAUCUUCCACUACUCGAACUUUUUCCGGUUUCUCUCGGCUUGGGCCGGGUUCCUGCGUGUCGAGGUGAAGUUGUCCAUCUAUGAGACCGUGCUGUCGCUAAAGAGCCGGUUUGGUCUACGAACAGGCUAA